AUGGCAACGAGUAAUGAGAAAUCGGCAUAUAGUAUUCCGGCUACGAAAAGACCCGAUGGCACUUGGAGGAAAGAGCGAAAGGUCAAAGAAGGUUAUGUGCCACAGGAUGAAAUGGCCACCUAUGAAAGUAUUGGUAAAAAGAUAGUUAAGAAUCAGAGCUCAUCCAUGCCU